AUACAUGAGGCAAUGGUGACGUCCCUGAAUGAGGACAACGAAAGCGUCACCGUUGAAUGGGUGGAGAAUGGAGACACAAAAGGGAAAGAGAUUGAUUUGGAGAGUAUAUUUGCACUUAACCCAGAUGUGGGUCCAGAAGAAGAGAUUAUCCGGAGUCCAGAGACUCCCCCUCCAAAUACCGGUCCGAAAGUUAAUAAAAUAGCAAAAAAUCGUGGAACGAUAGCACCUUCAAAGAUUGACACUCCAUCCAGGGACAGUAGAGUGAUUCCGACCCAGGCCCGACCCCAUCAGUCUCAACACGCUGAAACAGCACCGCCCCCUCCAUCACAGCAGGCUCAGCCUGCCCAGGCACCCACACAGCAGCAGCUCCAGAAUGGUAAUACUUUACACCAACCACUAACCAGAAAGGAGAUGGGACAACUUUCUAGGAGGAAGUCAAACUGUGUGAAGGAGGUUGAGAAGCUACAGGAGAAAAGGGAGAAGCGUCGUCUCCAGCAACAGGAGCUCAGGGAAAAGAGAGCUCAGGAGGUGGAUACAACCAUUCCUAAUUAUGAGAUCAUGUGCAUGAUUAGAGAUUUCCGUGCAAGUCUAGACUACCGACCUCUGACCACAGCAGAUCUGAUUGAAGAACAUAGAAUAUGUGUAUGUGUGAGGAAGCGUCCACUAAACAAAAAAGAACUCACCAUGAAGGAUUUGGAUGUGAUAACCAUUCCAAGUAAAGACGUGGUGAUGGUACACGAACCUAAACAGAAGGUAGACCUUACUCGUUUCUUGGAGAACCAAACCUUCCGCUUCGACUAUGCCUUUGACGAUGCUACCACCAAUGAGAUGGUUUACAGGUUCACUGCCAGACCAUUAGUGGAGACCAUAUUUGAGAGGGGUAUGGCCACGUGCUUUGCCUAUGGGCAAACAGGAAGUGGUAAAACUCAUACAAUGGGUGGAGAUUUUUCUGGAAAGAACCAAGACUGCUCUAAAGGAAUUUACGCAUUGGCUGCUCGGGAUGUAUUUCUCAUGUUGAAGAAACCCAACUACAAGAAAUUAGAGUUACAAGUGUACGCAACCUUUUUUGAAAUCUACAGUGGAAAGGUGUUUGACCUGCUUAACCGAAAAACCAAACUGAGGGUGCUGGAGGACCGGAAGCAGCAAGUGCAGGUUGUGGGCCUUCAGGAGAAGGACGUCAGGUGUACAGAGGAUGUCCUGAAACUCAUAGAAGUGGGCAACAGCUGCAGGACAUCAGGGCAGACGUCAGCCAAUGCCCACUCGUCUCGUAGCCACGCCGUGUUCCAGAUCAUUCUUCGGAGGAAGGGCAAGAUGCACGGCAAGUUCUCGCUCAUCGACCUGGCUGGAAAUGAGAGGGGCGCCGAUACUUCAAGUGCUGACCGCCAAACUCGCCUGGAGGGUGCGGAGAUCAACAAAAGCCUGCUAGCUCUCAAGGAGUGCAUCAGGGCUUUGGGUCGCAACAAGCCGCACACGCCUUUCCGAGCCAGUAAACUUACCCAGGUCCUGCGGGACUCCUUCAUUGGUGAAAAUUCCCGUACGUGCAUGAUUGCAACAAUCUCUCCUGGUAUGACAUCCUGUGAGAAUACCCUCAACACGCUUCGCUACGCCAACAGAGUAAAGGAGUUUGGGAUUAGUCCAUCAGACAUCCCCUUCUCUCAGGGGGGUCAGGGGAGUCGCCCCGAGCACUCGCCGACCAAUACUUUUGAGUACGAUGACUUUGCUGCUACUCCCCCCGGCAGGGUGAAGGAACUUACAGUGGACCACAACCAGGUGAUGGAGGGAGGCCGAACCAACAUCCACACGGUCAACCAGCUGGACAUUUUGGACGAGGAAUGGCAGAACAGUUCACCGCAGAGAGACGACCUCAAACUGUUGUGUGAGCAGAAUGAGGAGGAAGUUUCUCCUCAGCUCUUCUCCUUUCAUGAAGCUGUCUCUCAGUUGGUGGAGAUGGAGGAGCAGGUCCUAGAGGACCACAGAGCUGUUUUCCAGGAGUCCAUCAGGUGGCUAGAGGAUGAGAAGGAGCUCCUGAAAAUGACAGAAGAGGAGGUGGACUACGAUGUGGAAUCGUAUGCGACUCAGUUGGAGAAGAUCCUGGACCAGAAAAUAGACAUUCUCACUGAGCUUCGAGAUAAAGUGAAGUGUUUCCGCUGUGCUCUCCAAGAGGAGGAGAAAGCCAGCAAGCAGAUCAACCCCAAGAGGCCACGAGCUCUUUAG